GAGGAGUUAGAACGGCAGGAGCCGGAGGAUUGAAGGCGGUUGCUUCACGGUGCUGAACUGGGCAGGGUUCGGGCGCCUGAGUCUCGACUAGUCUCUCUUGCCACUUCCGGACUACCAGCCCCUUCCACGGUCUAAUGGUCGCUUUGCUGACAGGCGCAACUUCAGGGCUGAAAGUGAAAGGAGGUGGAGCUGACCGCGGUGCUGAACGUUUUCAGGCCGCCAGCACAUCGGGAGCUCUCCAUUGUGCUAAAACCGUACGGCCAGCAGUGGGUGAAACAUCGGAAACCGCGGCGGAGGAGCUGUCCCCGGUGCUGAAGGUGGUUCUGGCUGGGGACUGUCCUUCCAGCCGGCACCAAGGUCUUCACUCAAAACUUGCCGCUUGCCCCAGAAGAUCACCAGACGAUGGAACCAAGGCUAGAGUUCCAGAGUGCCCCUGAUGGGGAUGUCUAUUGCCCAGACAGUGCUUACGGAUCUUCUGUGAUGGACACGGACACGGAAGAGAACCACACGCCGUCCUCCAGCAACGUUACUAACUACAACGAGGAGCUGAUGCAUAAGACUAUACUGGUCGGGGACAGUGGAGUGGGGAAGACCUCGUUGCUGGUGCAGUUUGACCAAGGAAAGUUCAUCCCGGGAUCAUUCUCUGCUACAGUGGGAAUCGGCUUCACAAAUAAGGUGGUGGUUGUGGACGGGGUCAAGGUCAAGUUACAGAUCUGGGACACGGCAGGACAGGAGCGAUUCCGCAGUGUCACCCACGCUUACUACCGCGAUGCACAAGCGCUCCUGCUGCUGUACGACAUCACAAGCAAAUCAUCGUUUGACAACAUCACGGCCUGGUUAACAGAAGUACAUGAAUAUGCACAACAGGAUGUGGUCAUCAUGUUGCUUGGUAACAAGGCUGACAUAACAGGUGAGAGGGCCAUCAAGAGAGAAGAAGGAGAGAGACUGGCCAGGGAAUAUGGCGUUCCUUUCAUAGAGACCAGUGCCAAAACUGGCAUCAAUGUUGAACUAGCAUUUCUUGCCGUAGCAAAGGAACUGAAGCAGAGAUCUGCCAAUCAACCCAAUGAGCCCAAGUUCCGAAUCCACGAGUACAUCGAAUCUCAGAGGGAAAAGUCAAGAUGCUGUGGGUUUGAAUAAGUGGCUGACCUGGUUGGAGGACUCAGGGUGUGGAGCAGUAAUCAGCUUCACCAACUGACUGUGAAACGUGCACCAUUUGUAAACCACCAGUCACUCUCAGCUUGGUGUUUAACUUAACCGCCCUGCACCCACCCAUGCCCUUACCCAUUAUAUAUUACCUCCUUAUCCGCUCUGUGCCCAUACUGCCCCUUUAGCCUCAAAGGCCUGGGGUAACUCAGCAGCUCAGGCAGCAUGCCUGGAGAACAUGGCCAGGGAACAUUUCGGGUUGGGAUCCAUCUUCAGAUCCUGAUCUGAAAAGUCAGUUAUCCACGUUCUCCUGAAAUGCUCCAGACCAUUGUGUCCUUUUUUGAAAACUAGCAUCUGCAGUUCCUGGUUUCUCCAUGUCCUUAGCUAUUUGGGAUGGAUUCCUUCCAUAGCCAUCCUCUGAAUCAUCCCAAUCCUUACCCAUCCAGUACCUGCCUCAUACGUAUCACCCUUACGUUUACUGACCUAAAGCUUCCAGUCUACAAACACUAGUUUCCCUGACAUCCCUCCUCCCCACUUUUGUAACUCCUUCAGCUUGAACAGCUUUAACACCCCAAGAUACAACUUCCCUCAAAAUCUAUCCUCGGGCUAUUCUCAUUGUAUUUUAGCUGUGCAGACCCAAAACUCUGGAGUUCUCUCCUCACCAGCAGGUGUCCACUCAAUGACCAAGCACAUUGUGUGUCCGGGAUAUCAUUA